AUGCCGCAGUUCAGCAUUAAUCAGAAAUUCCAGCUCACUGGACCGGUCAGCUUGUGGAUAUUAGGGUCCUCUGAACACUGCAACAGUUUCACACAGGGCGACCUAGUUUCUACUGAAUACCAACCGAUGUGA